AUGGCGGAAGGGUUGACUCACCUUGCGGUGGUCGCAGAGCCGUACCGGGUCCUUUUGGGUCCCGAUUGGGCAGGUGACCUUGACGGCCGGGUUGCCAUUGUCAGGCGUGGCUAUGUGGGUGCUCCGCCCGGAUUCGACCUCGUUGAAAGGGGUCGCGGCUUCGUCGCCGUCCUCUGGGCCGAGAUGAUCGUGGUGGGAGUAUACUUCUCCCCCAACAGGACGCUCGCCGAGUUUGAGGGCCUCCUCCUUGAGCUCGGUCGCGUCAUUGGGAGGUCACAUUCCCGUCGGAUUCUCGUCCUUGGGGACCUCAAUGCCAAGUCAUUGGCUUGGGGUUCCUCGAGGACGUGCCCCAGAGGAACGGCGGUGGAGGAGUGGCUGGUCGGAGGCGGCCUCGUCAUUCUUAACCGUGGCACGGAACUUACGUGCGUGAGACGAUUGGGCGGGUCCGUGGUGGACGUCACGUUCGCAUCUCCCGAUGUCGCGAGUCGCAUCCGUGGUUGGACGGUGAUGGUUGGUGAGGAGACGCUUUCCGACCAUCGCUACAUCCGUUUCAGCAUCGCUGUAGCCCCAGAAGUGACAUCAACUUCUUUAUUCUGCGGCGGCGGCGUGGAGGGUCCUCGUUGGGCCCAGAAGCGCCUCGAUGUCGAACGGCUGAAUGAGGCGGCUAUCGUCCAGGCCUGGCGCCUCGAUUCCCUCGGCGAGCCGAUGAAUGUAAGCGUGGGGGUGGAGCGUAUGCGUGAGGCAAUGUCGCGGGUAUGCGAUGCCGAUAUGCCUCGCGUCAGAAGCUCCUAA